GGGGAUGGCUGCGCUUCCCUUUGCUUUGCCUCCAAACAAAGUCCUUUCCUGUUUCUGCUGACUUGGCCUUGGUGUGCGGAAACGGCCUCUUGCGACACCUUCCCGUCCCCAGCCGGGCUCUGCCUGCCUUUGCGGGGCUGCCAGCUGUGCUGUGCUGUGCCACAGCACCCACCGCCCUGCUCCGGCAUGUGGCUGCUCCUCGUCCUGCUGCAGGCUGCAGUCCUGCCUGCCCAGCCCUGCGAAGCCCCAGGGGAGGCGGCGGCUGUGCGGGCACUGAGCGCCCGGCUGCUGGGGCUGGCGGCAGACCCAGCACGGGACCCCGACCCUAGUGUCUACCUGGCCCUUCGUCUGGCUGGCAACCAUCACCUGCCUGUGGAGGAGCGAUACCUGGCACGGCUGCAGGAUGUCUUCCAGCACCACUAUGGCCGGAGCCUGCAGACAGCCGGCUGGCACCAUGCUGCACCCCACGGCCACCCCCAGCGGGACGCUGUGGCCACCAAGCACAGCACGUAUGUGAGCGCCAAGGGAGAGUGGCCGGAGACGGGGCGGCUGGCGCUGUAUCUGCUGGGACUGCGGGCCUCUUGUCCCCUGCCGGAGCCUGGUCCCCAACGCUCACUGGUGACGUGGUUGAAAUACUACCUGGAGCUGGACUGGGCAGGCUCCCGGCGGCACGGCCACCCCCUCACCAGUUACUACCAGUACAGCCUGGGUGUGCUGGCACUGUGUGUCCACCACAAGCGGGUGCGGGAGGAGGUGAUCCACCGGCUCCUGGCGGCCGAGCACCACGGCAGGUUUGGGCAUGCUGGCGGCAGCGCCGUGGACAUGGAGGCAGUGGCAGCGCUGGCCUUCACCUGCCUGGAGCGGGAGCGGCUGGUACGGGCUGGGCUGGCGGUGGAGCUGCAGGCAGCCACGCGCAGGGUGAGGAGCAGGAUGGUCGAGGCGCAGGGCCAGGAUGGCUUCUUUGGCAAUAUCUACAGCACCCCGUGGGCCAUGCAGGUCUUCAUCGCCACCAACACAUGCCGGACGCAGCCGGCAUAUGACCGGGCCAUGUCUGCACUGCUGGAGAACCUGGAUGCCUUCACCACCUCCGCAACCAUGGCCCAGGUGCUGCCAGUGCUGCAUGGCCGCUCUUACCUGGACAUCCCCUCCAUGCACUGCCAGGAGGAACCUGACACGCUGAUGCCCAUCGGCCCUGAGCUGCCAAAUGAGAUGCCCGGGAACAAGACGGUGCAGCUGGUGGUGGAGUGCCCUGAGCCGCAGUGUCCCCAGCACCGGCUCUACGACCAGAUGGUGCCUGUGCCCACGGCCGCCUCCCUCCUGCAUGUGCUCAGGGCGGCCGCUGCGCAGGGACCCCACAACUUCACGGCCCAGCUCCCUUGGCAGCAGACCUGCUCCACUACCGGCAGCGCCGGGGCUGGACCCUCACCCUGCUCUCCCACCUGCCAGGUUCGGCACCCAGGACACCCCCCAGGGCCCCUUUCUGAGCAGCGUGCUGGGGCUGGAGGCUCUGCAGCAGAAGCGGAGCUACUGGCAGCUCCUCACUGCCCCCAGCACCAGCCUGCAGGAGGGUGUUGCUGAUUACAGACCUCGUGACGGGGAGACUCUCAUCCUGCGCCUAAGCAAGUGGUAGAGGGCGGGGGAGUCGAUGGCAAUGAAAUGCCUGCCUUGGGUGCAGGACCUGCUGGC